AUGCUGUGUACGACUGCAUGCCAGGGCAAGUACGUUGAGGCCGAGCCACUGCUGUACGAGCGGUCACAGGCUAGAGGAGAGAAGGUGCUAGGUCUAGAGCAUCCUGACGUACAUGUCAUGGCAAGUGUGCUGAGACAGAGCUACUCUUCGAACGGUCUUGAGCCAUUGGAGAAAGAACUAGGUCCGGAGCACCCUGACGUGGCCACAACGCUCAACAACCGGGCGGGCUUGUUGGCUAAUCAGGGCAAGUACAUUGAGGCCGAGCCACUUUACGAGCGUUCACAAGCUAUACGAGAGAAGGUGCUGGGUCCGGAGCAUUCUAUUUUGGCAACGCUCAACAACCGGGCGUGCUUUUUUGGGAGCCAGGGCAAGUACAUUAAGGCAGAGCCACUGUUCGAGCGAUCACAGGGCAUACAAGAGAAGGUGCUAGGUCCGGAACAUCCUGGUGUGGCUACCACACUCAACAACCGCGCCCCGGUUGUUGAGUCUCGUAGCAAGAGUUGGGUGGUCAGGGCCUAGCGUCGGCUUCCUCGUGCUUGCCCUGUGUACAAAUCAGUGGGGUGGUGUAAGCGACUGGCCGAAGGAGAACCAAACCCUCAAAACGAAUGUGUACCCGCCGAAAGUUCCUGGAAUUUUUCAUGGCUCUCACCUGACGCUCCAACAACGGGCGGGGUUGUUGAUGAGUCAGGCGAGAGCCAAGCGAUUCUUCCUUCUAGAAGAUGGUUCUUGAUUUUCCUUCAAAGCUUUUCUAGAUGCUUCUAGAUGCCUCUAGACCUCCGUUCUGGUUGUAGAACACGUGGGACAAUGUGAGCGCGGUGUCAAUGGUCUGGGAGACUGUUGUUUCAUCCGUUAAUUCAUGUCCCGGUGGGAACUUCGCUACGGACCAUGGCGGUGCCACCGUAAUUUCGCUGUCACGUUGCAAUUUGUAAACUGUUCUCGAAUGUUUCUUACAGAGAAAGUUCGCCGAGGCGCAGCCGUUGUUCGAAAGAGCUCUUUUUAUCAAAGAAGUUGCUCUGGGGGUGGACCACCCGAGCAACUUCUUUGAUAACCAGAGCUCUUUCGAACAACGGCUGCGCCUCAGCUAUCUUUCCCUGUAAAAAACGGUGUAGAGCCCACUUUAGGCGGCACCGUUCCGUAGCAACAGUUUGCAAAACUGCCAUUGUGACAUGAUUAAAUGGAGGAAGAUAUAAGCCGGCUUCUAGAUCAUUAACUGCCAUGAUUUGUUCUAGAAGCACACGAGAAGGUCUAAAUAGUUUUGACAAUACUUGUUCCUAUCGUGCCUUUUACGUUUCAGGGCAAGUACGACGAAGCCGGGCCGCUGUAUGAUCGUUCCCUUGCCAUUUGCGAGAAAGUUUACGGGCCUGAUCAUCCUGCGGUGGCAACAGUGCUCAACAACCAGGCGGAGUUGUUGAGAGCGCAGUUGAGAGCCGCGAGACUUUUCCAGUUGAAAUGUCUUGGCGGCCUGUGGAUGUUGUACGUGGCGCUCAACAACCGUGCGGGUUGUUGAAGAGUCAGGUGAGAGCCAAACGAUAUUUCUGGAAGCAUGUGUAACGACUUCGGUCGUGCAUUUUUUCCUCCGCAACGUAAUCUACGAUGAUCGCAAUGACCACACCUUCCUCUCUCUUUUCCCUUGUAUCGCAGGGAAAGUAUGACGACGCGGAACCUUUGUACGUAAGAGCUAUCGCUAUCGGAGAGAAGGCGUUGGGCCCAGAGCAUCCAGAUCUUGCCGUGUGGCUCAACAACCGGG